UUCUCUUCUCUCCUCCUGUCAUAUUCUCUCCUCUACUUCUCCUCUCCUCUCCUCCUCCUCGUCUCUCCUCCAUAUUUCCACUCCUGUUACCCCCUCUCCUCUCCUCACCUCCUCCCUCCUCCUCCCGUCUCCUCCUCUCUCCUCUGCCGUGUUUGAGGAUGACCCCCAGCGUCCCCGUGCCGCGCCCGUCCUACUCCCAGGCCAGGGAGAGCCUGGUGAGGGCCAUCCCCCCUAGGAUCAUCUGCCUGCUGGCCUGUGGGGGGAGAGACUGCCGCUACGAGGGACCAGCUAGCUGGAGGCAAGGCCAGCAGGCCAUAAAAGGCCUCUUCUCCUCAUGGGUGACGGAGGACAUUGUUGCCAUGGCAAGGCCGUCUACUCACCUCAUUAAGAAAUACAACAUCAUACAGCAGUUCCAGAAGCUGAACAUCAAAUCCCUCAUCAACAUGCAGUUGCCAGGGGAACACGCUCGCUGUGGGCCGGGCUUGGAGCUGAGUGGGUUCACCUACUCUCCCCAGGCCUUCAUGGACAAUCAGAUCUACUUCUAUAACUUCGGCAUGCCUGACUUUGGGGUGUCAGCUCUGGUUGGGAUGCUGGAUGCGGUGAAAGUUAUGGCAUUUUCCGUGAGCGAGGGGAAAGUGGCCGUGCACUGCCAUGCUGGACUUGGACGGACAGGCGUGCUGAUAGCGUGUUACCUGGUGUACACCCUCCACAUCAGCGCCAGUGAGGCGGUGCACUACGUGCGCAUCAAGCGCCCGCGCUCCAUCCAGACCCGUGCUCAGAUCAGCCUGGUCUUCGACUUCGCCCGCAUGCUGGGCAGCCAGCUGCUGCAGUACCCCUGCCUGACGCUUCGCCACGGCAACCCCUUCAGCCUGUGGCAGUACCUGCAGCGCCAGGCGCUGCUUCUCCACGGCAGCCAAGCCCGCAUCCUCAAACACACACCCAAGAUUGUGCACCUGCUCUGCUGCCAGCUCACCGCUAUUGCCCUGGGUGACGAUAGCCCUGAUGAGGUCUAUGACGAGCUGGAAAGGAGGGCGGCCAUUUUGGCUCUGCAGCGCACUGUGAGGGACACCCUGGUGAAGAAGAAGUUCCUGCCGGUGCUGAGGGAGGAGAGGGACGCGAGGCGCUCAUCGUCCGUGUCCUCCGUGUCGUCGUGGGACGAGCCGUUCGGCUUCCUGCAGAGGAAGAGGGAGGUGCUGCUCACCAAGCGCUGCUACAGCGAAGGGGACCUCAGCAAGAUCACACUCGGUGAGGAUGAAGACUUCCUGGCCCACUCCGUCAUGAUGGCGGAAAAUCAGAAGGAGAAUCCGGAGCUGCUCUGCGAGCUGCUGCGUGACAUGAAGACCCCCGUCCCGCCGCUGUACGCGUUGACCAGGGAGCAGUGGACCCAGGAGGUGGAGAGACUGGCGCGCUACCGUGCCUGCACCCCGAUGCUCUACAACGGAGUCGCCGCCAAGAGGCCCAAGUGCAAGAUGAAGAAACCCCCCACACUGUCCAAGAACAGCUCCAGCAUGGAGCUUCAGAGAAAUCAGCGGAACACCAGCCAGGUGUCCAUAGUGAGGGUGGUUGCCAGGGCGAUGGCACAGCAGUAUCCUCCCGAGGACAGAGUGCUCGCUAGAGUCGCCGUCUUACAGGAUGAACUGAACAAGAACGUGUGCGGCUGGGCAACCAUCGCCAUGGAAACUGACCCUAAAGUCCUCGCCCAUCUCCUGUGGACCUGGUUGGACCGACUCAAGGAGCCUGUUCUGAGUCCCAGUGACGUCCAGAUGUUGAUUUCAACCCAGACAGACCAGAACCCCCUUCAUGUCUUACAGAAGAACCAACGCUGCACCAUUUCCUGUCUACUGCGCUGUAUCUGUCAAGUCACAAGUCUGUGUCCAAUGCAAGAGGACAGUAUGCUAAAUCAUCUUAUAAGAGCGCUAACCAGGCGCCCUCUGCAGGAGAUUGAGAACAGUGCUGAAUUUCUGCAGAUAUUCAGGAACGCGAUCAGAGAUCAUCUCCUGGCCAAUGCGCUUUCCCGCAGCACACAUACACAAUCCGGCGCAGAUACAUUGGCCAACACCCACGGAUGAUUAAAGUCAUAACACUUUCUACACACACGGGUCAGGUGAAGGGAAGACGGAACAGGGGAAAUCUUGGUGGAAAAUACUGAGAUAGAGUUCUUUGACACAAUUACAUUUUGUUUGUAGACUGCUACUUGUUUGGAAAAUGAAUAAAUCUUUUUACAUUUGAAACUCAA